GAGCAGUCAAACUUCACGAUGGCAAGCAUGGAUUCCAUGGAUCGUGGAAUAUGGUCGUCAAAGCGGCCUUGUGGCUUGGUGUGGUGGUUUGGAGCUGCUGUGGGAUCAGACUGGAGACUCCAGCAUUUCUGGACUGUACGGAGGCAGGCUUCAGUGCUGUGUGGACGGCUUUUCGGAGGCGUGCCACGGUCAACGCUGGCUUGGGAUGGCCGUUGGAUGCAGAACUGGCCCUUGCUGCGGCAGAGCUGCUGGAGCGCUUUGAUGAUGUGAGCACCGGCCGUUCCUGGAUCCAUCCUGCUGGCGCAGUUUGGGAGUCUUUUCGAACAGCCGAUCACGGUCGUCAUGAUCCUCUUAUUCCGCCAGAGCUUCAGGUUUCACCAGAUGGAUUUGGUGAUGGACGGGUGAUUGAGAAUCAACGGGGCGCCGAACGUGGCCACAUUUGCUUGUACGGCAUCAUUACGGCCCUUUUCGUUGCCUAUCGUCAUGCCGUGCCGCGGCAAUUGGAGGAUGCACAUCGUCAUCUUGAGCUCAUUAUGUGGUUGCUUGGAGAGACUCAAGGGGGAGAGCAACUGUUCGACUUCAUCGAAUCUACAUCUUGGCCAGUCCGAAGCAUUGAUGUGGAACUGAAUUUGGAGAUGGCGAAGUCUGGUCCACCCAUUCGAUUCCUGCUCUUUUCUCGCCUACGAAGUCAGACUGUGAUCAGCACGGUGCCCUCAAUGAUGCUUUCGGCGAAACCUCCGCGGUGUUCAUUGGGCUUGGAGGGUUUGGCGGUGUUCGGUGUGCAUCCUGCCACAUCACUUGAGCCAGCUUCAGCAAUAUUGGCAGCGGAGCAGGCCUUGCAGACGAGUGCUGAGUGUGAUCCACCCCAGGAUCUCAAGGUUCGAUUUUAUGGCCAUCCAUGCCCCAGCUAUUCAAAGACGGGCUACUUGUGCCAAUGGGCUCAAUUUGUCCUUCCACAUUUUGGGCAGGGAUCACAAGAACCAGACGGAGCAACAGAUCCAGUGGCUGAGAUAUUGUCAGAAAUGGUGGACUUGGCAGACCGUCACAUCGAGAAGGAAUGGGACCUACACCUUGCUAUGGGCAAGCUGUUCAAGUUCUUGCAGGGCGACAGCUUUGCGCGAAGUUCAUUCUGGUUGUGCAGCGGUCCGGCCGUGCUGUGUGCAAUGCUGCGCAUAGCCGAUCCGGCCAAGAUCAUGCUGAUGUGGCACUGCCGACACUUGUUGGAUGGGCUCGGCAUGCACAGCAACUCGACAGCGACAGCUUUGCUUGGGCUUCUGCGGGUCAUGGCAUCAAGGUCAACAAAGUGUCUGGCGUGCGAGGUGUUUGUUGCCAAGCAGGCAGCGUGGCAACUGGCAAUGCCCGAGCCACAGGUACAACGGCGUUUGGCGAUCUAUGUGGAAGCUUAUUCGUGGAAAGGACUCUCGGCAAGGCCCAUGGAAGUGUUGGUCAUGCGCUCGAUGUUGUGGACACGCUUGCCCGGGAUGUACUUCAAGACUAUUCUUGAGGCAUUCGUUCGUGAGAAUCGAGAAGUGCUCCCUUUAAGCUUCAAUUUUGCAACAGAAGCUGGGUUCAUUCCCUACUCAGAGAUGGUACUACAUCGUUGCGGUGUCCUUGUGCCGAACGACUUAACCAUGGCAGCCUUCGCAGAGGCGUACACCAUGGGCUUCCCCGUUUUCUUGCCAGAGGAUGAGUGGCUGUAUAGGCUUCAGAAGUCAGUCCCCUAUGGUUUCAUGGUGCAUGCGGCGCCAUUCCAAGGUUUGCCCAACACAACACAUUGGGGUUCCGCAGCGCCGUUUUGGUAUGAAAAGACGCGCGCCUUGACAUCAGUCAUGGCGUGGCUCAGGCUGUCAGAUUUCUCAGCGUGGCCUCACACAAAACGUUUCGAUUCCGUGCCACAACUUCUGCGAGGCUUGAUCGAUACAGACCUGCGGGAAACGAGCGCUGCCAUGCGCAAGUGGAUGGCAGCCAACAAGAAAGAGGGUUUGUACCAGUGGUCGGGCUUGCUGGCAAGCCUACUCCACGAUGGCGCUCCAUAUGUUUCCGCUACAAGCAGCUUAGCAAUGGAUCCGCAAUGGGCUAAGUUGAAGACUGCGGAUGUAACAAGGAAUGAUUUGCUGUAUUCGGCUUUGGCUUGCGAGCAUGAAAGCUUUGACAACUUUGGCUGGCCUACUUUCCGAGCAGUUCUUGAGGCCGAUGCAGCAGCAACAGCUGAAGCCCGCGUGAUGUCCUACAAUGCAGCCAUGCACAUGUUCCUGAAGAAUGCCACUGCUGACAAGGCCGGGUUGGAAGGUCGUUGUCACCUGGGAUUGGCUUGCGCUCUGCUGCUUCAGGCUUGGAAGGAACUGACAAGCAAUGACACUGCGAGCAAGGUGACAUGGUUUGUUGGGCUCGCGCACCAGCUCAUGUUGCCACUGAUGGAUGUUUCCAUAGGCAUGGUACCUCUUGGUACCUGGCCAGUUGAGGACAUCAUGGCUGCUGUGAGUGCCAUGAUGGAAGAGCGGCGGGUGGCAACGGCUGGUCGCCAGCUGAGCUCUACGGAGCUUCCCGCGAAGCUGGAGAAGUCAGCAGUGGUGGAGGAGCUUGCCCGCACUGGUGACCGACUGAAGUACAAGUUGCUGAGUGGAACAGGGCCUGAGGAGGGAUGGGUGAGCGUGCGCCUGAAGGAUAAGGUCUUGCUGGAGCCGUGUGGCCAGGAUGACUCAGACAACACGAGCUUUGCCACGCGUUUGGAGGAAUUGCGAGAAGAAUUUCCAGGUUGUGCUGACCUGAAAGUUCCGAAGGAAGCUGAGCAAUGGCCGGAUUCAGACCUGCACAACUUCUUUGAAAGCGGUGGCCUCAUUCUACCGAAACCAGCGCCGAAGGUCACUCAGAAGGCGCUGCCAAGCGCAAGUCCAGACGAGAUCAAAGGGCCGCAAUUUGCAGUGCCGGAAGCAUUGCAACUUCAGGAUAAACUCCUGAAAGCCUUUAAAAGUUCAGAGUUUCAGCAGAGGUUGAAGAGAUUGCAACUUCGCUACCCAAAGAGAAAGGAAAGAGGGCACAAGGAUGGCUCAGCGUACUUCGAGGCUUUUGAGGCACUUGUGAUGGGUGUGUAUUGCCGCGUCCUUCCAGACUAUGGUUUGGCAGGAGAUUGGGAUGGUGUCCGCGACAUGUUUGCCAAGAUGGCGGCCGCGAUGGUGAACUCGAAGGCCUCGAGACGCACGGUUGGCACCGUCAAAACGAGAGGGCUUCUUCACAUACUGCCCAGGCGGUGA